GUGGCAGCAGGCGGACUCUGAUAAAGUGCUCAUUUAAUCGAAAAGAUAGAUGUCCACGGAGGAGACAUGGAACACCCUGCUUGUGUUUUGGAGGAACUAAAGCAGUUUGUUGUUAAAGACGCUUCACAAACGGCGUAUUACAUCCCAGAUUUUAUAUCAGAGGAAGAGGAGUCCUACCUUCUGCAGGAGGUCUACAAGUCUCCUAAAACUAAAUGGACUCAGCUGUCGGGUAGAAGGCUUCAGAACUGGGGAGGGUCGCCACAUCCCAAAGGCAUGUUGGUGGAGAAGAUUCCCGACUGGCUCCGGUCGUACUGCGAGAAAAUCUCCUCUCUCGGUGCGUUCAGUGGGAAAACCGCCAACCACGUGUUGGUGAACGAGUACAAACAAGGUGAGGGGAUAAUGCCCCAUGAAGACGGUUUGCUGUACCAUCCCACUGUUACCACUAUCAGCCUGGGCUCCCACACCCUGCUGGACUUCUACAGACCUGUCAGCGGCCAGGACGGGGAGGCACCGCAGACCGAGGAGAACCGAUACCUGUUCUCGCUGCUGGUGAGGCCUCGCAGUCUCCUGAUCCUGCAGGAUGAGAUGUACCGGAGCCUCCUGCAUGGUAUUCAGGGACAGGAUCGGGACUUGCUAACAGACCGGGUGGUAAACGUGUCUGCUGCCGGGGCCCAACCCGGAGAGACGCUGACCCGAGGAACGAGGGUGUCCCUCACCAUCAGACACGUCCCCAAAGUUAUAAAGACAAAGCUCGUACUGGGAAGGAAAUAA